AUGGCCAAACUCUGUUCUUCCGGCGUCCUGGCCUUCUUGUUGCUGCCAGCUUCGCUGGCGUAUCGGCAGCGGCAAGUAGAAGGUCCAACAGUGCAGGCUACAUCAAGCCUCCUGCACCGGACGUCGUCCUCGGGCUUGAAGGUGCGUGACGUCGCGGUCUUCACAGAGAAUCAGGAUGCGGAGAAGCGGGACGCAGGCGCAGUCUUCUACAAUGCUUCUGCACACGAUGAGUGUGCCGCGCAGCGGGAUGCUCUACGAGCCAAAAUCGCGUCGGCUUGCGAGAAGCUGGAUGGAAUCAUUUGCGUUCAGGAUGCUCAUGACACCCUGCAGUUCCAAUCCGUGAAAUGGUGGCAGUGGUCCCUUGUGACUGACUUGUUCGACCGUGGAAAGCAGCCCGUCUUCUGGGCUGGAUUCCACAACAACGACACGUCGGGGGUUGGCAAGAAGACCCACCUCGAAGAAUUCAUUCGGUCCGUGAACGGUUUCCAGCUAGAAGAGACUCAGUGGGGCCAGAUGAUCAAGAGCAAGGGCGUCAGCCGACUGGACGCCUGCCCUUCGAAACGCAUCAAGAUGAACUAUUGGCGGGUGGCUUCCACCGCAUUGGCUGAGGCGAUGUCUCAACGCCAUACCUCCAAGGUUCUUGUAGCCGUCAACAAGGAUUUUUCAGGGCGAUGGUCCUUGUACAGAUCCAUUCUGUGGCAGGCAGAGCUUCUGUCAAUGGCCGAAUCAUUACGCAAAAAUCCCGAGUGGAACCCCGUCUUCACCGUGUAUGACGUGAAGGGCACUUGCAGUUCUGCCCUCGGUCCUGCUGUGAAGUAUCACUUGGAAAACCUAGCCGGGCGUAGGGUGCGCGUGAUGUGCUUCGACUGCUCCAGGGGCUUGCCCAGCGCCACUUCUGGACAGGCGUGCAGCAGGCAACAAGAAGUACUGGAGAGCGAAGCCCCACGAAGGAGUUGCGUCGAAGGGGAUUGCCAGAACGGCUGGGGCUGGGCAGAAUGGCCCACUGGUGAUGUAUACAAGGGCGACUUCAGGGACGGGCAACCGAAUGGAAGAGGCAGCAGUCAGGCCCCUGAUGGCAGCGCCUAUGAAGGUGACUGGAAGGACGGCGAAAAGCAUGGAAAGGGCACGCUGAGGUUUGCCCAGGGAGCUGUGUAUUCAGGUUCCUACAAGAACAACCUGGAAGAUGGCUUCGGAACGUAUCGAUUUUCCAACGGAGGAACCUACAAGGGCCAUUUUAAACUCGGUACCAUGAAUGGCAAUGGGCUCAUGGUCUUCGCCAACGGGGCGAAGUACGAUGGCCAUUGGAAGGACGGCAAGAAAGAUGGCGUUGGCACAUUCACCUGGCCCUCCGGAAACAUCUACGUAGGCGCCUGGAAGGACGACGAGAUGGCAGGGUCGUUGUAG